AUGCACGGAAAUAUAGAGGCUGCUCUGAAAAGGUGCGACUUGAAGGAAAGACUUAACGAAAUAUACGCGCAGGAGAGGCGCAGCAAGCCCACGCGGAUAGUGCUGGGAAAUACUUCGUGCGACCAGGACUCGUUUCUGGGGGCGCAUGUCCUGGGGGUGGUUGAGGGCCGGAUUCCUGUUGUGAAUAUGCCCAGAGAAGUGUUCUCGCAUAAGCUGGACUUGUGUUUUAUGGUUUCCCUCAUGGGGCUGGAGCUGGACGACCUGGUUUUUCUGGAGGAGUCAGAGGACGGCCCUGUGCUUGUUCGGGGGCGGCAGAGCAUUUCUAUUCGAGAGUCUCCUGUUAGCGCGUUUUUGGUAGACUUUAGCAACCCCGAAAAAGAGCUGCUGGCGUGCAGUGCUUUUUCUGUCGAGCGAAUAAUUGACCAUAGGCAGGUCUUGGAGGGGAGCAGGGUUAUUUUGCAUGUGCAGGAGAUGUGGAUAGACUUGCAUGCUGGGUCUUGCUGCAGCCUGAUAUUUCAUUACAUACAGACCUACUACAGGGACGAGCUGAAGCUGAACCCAGGGCACUUUAAGUUUCUGUUUCUGCUGAGCAUGGCUAUUCUCACAGACACGUCAUUCCUUACAGAGCGCAUACACAAACUGGAUGUUUUGGCGCUGGACCGAAUUCUUGCAUUUACGGGCAUUUCCAUAGAGGAGACUAAGCUGGUUCAUGCCGUGGUUUCCCAAAAGCAGCACUGCGAAAGAGCUGCAAGCACCGACAUAAUUCUCCAAAUGUGCCACAAGCGGCACGAGUAUCCAGACGGCUCCGGGCGGCUCUUUGGCGUCAGCCUGGUGAAGUACGGGUAUGACGAGUGGGUGGCCAGAGACACGCCCAAAGAGUUUCUGAAAAAGAUGCAAGAGUUUACCUGCAGAAAGGGCUAUGAGUUUCUUAUCGUCAACUCCAUAGAAAACGAAGUCCGCGAGUUUUUUGUUUUCUCGCCUCCUGCUAAAGACUUUGCCCAGAAGGUCCUGUACGGAGACUCUGAAGAGCGCAAGCGAGAGGUGGGCGGCCAUCCAGAGCUGCCUGUGUACAGGACAAGCACGUUCUUUGUCGGGAAAAUGGUUAUUCCAAAGAUUUUGCGGUAUUUAAAGAACAUGCCCGGGUAG